CCACCUGUGCCCAGCAGAUCACCCACCUGUGCCCAGCAGUGCACCCACCUGUGCCCAGCAGUGCACCCACCUGUGCCACUCUGCAGUGUCACACACCUGUGCCCAGAAGUGCCACCUACCUGUGCCAGGCAGUGCCACCCACCUGUGCCCACCCACCUGUGCCCACCAGUGCCACCCACCUGUGCCCACCAGUGCCACCCACCUGUGCCCACCCAUCAGUGCUGCCCACCAGUGCCACCCACCAGUGCAGCCCAGCAGUGCUGCCAUCAGUGCCGCCAGUCAGUGCCCAGCAGUGAUGCCAGUCAGUGCCGUCUAUCAGUACCCAUCAUCAGUGUCACCUAUCAGUGCCGCCUAUCAGUGCUGCAUAUUAGUGCCGCCUAUCCGUGA